AUGGCUCAGCGUCUUACUCUGCGCAAGCGUAACCCCUACAACACGAGGUCGAACCGUCGGCGCGUUGUGAAGACGCCUAACGGUGAGCACCGUUACUUGCACCUGAAGAAGUUGCCUACUGCCCCUAAGUGCGGUGACUGCCACAUGAAGCUUCAGGGUGUCAAGAGCUUGCGCCCUCGCGCAUAUGCCACGGUCUCGAAGCGCGAGAAGUCGGUCCAGCGCGCCUACGGUGGUAGCCGCUGCGCUGAAUGUGUCCGCACUCGCGUUGUUCGUGCUUUCCUUGUGGAAGAGUCGAAGAUCGUGAAGAACGUGCUCAAGUCACAGCAGGCCAAGGCUUCGCAGUAA